GGGCUAGAGAAGCCGGAAGUGGCCUCCCGGAAGUGGCUCAUGUUCCGUAUCUGCCUCCGUCCGUCGCUCGCAGGUCUGUGCAGCCCAGCCAGGAGAGGCGGCCCGCGCCCGCAAGCCCAGGUGAGUCCGGGGCCUGGAAGGCGGCCUAGGAGCUCCGCGAGCCGCGGCUCCUGCUUUGCUGCCGCCCUUCGAGCCUGCCGCCCCCAACGGCAGAGCUCUGGGCCGCUUCCCUCGCCGUCCGGGGGGCGGGAGGCAUCGGCGCCGCAGCCCGCCGCUUGGACCGGCUCACGAAUUCGCCGGGCUCCGCUGAAAGGGAGGGAGGGAGGGAGGGAGGGAGGGAGGACUGUCGCUGCUGCUUAUUUGCCUACUAAAUUUGCCAUAGCUGUCAACGUUUUCCCCUUUUUAAGGGAAAUUCCCUUAUUCCGAAUAGGGUUCCUCGCAAGAAAAGGGAAAAGUUGACAGCUGUGAAAUUUGUGUACCGCCAUUCACUCGGAGAUCCCAAGGCAGUUCACAGCAUCAAAAUGCAAAAUGCAUACUAAAACCCUCCAGGAGUGGACGCCCACCCAGCGGUGGCAGCCGAUGGUUAGGGUGGCAGGAGCAGUAAGAGGACAAAGCGAGCCUUGCAGACCAAGGAACCGCCUAGUCCAGCACCUUUUUCUCACGGUCCUUCAGUGCCAUUCAGACGUUGCUGGACCCAGAGGUGGAUUUAGAGGAGCUCAAGUUGUUCAGUAGCACUGGGCGUGGAGCCUCGAAGGCACCUGCAGCAGAUGCCACAACAGUGAUGUAGAAUGAAAGACAAGAGAUGGGGGUGUGCACAGAAUUUUGGCACCACACAGUGCACCACUUGCUGGACCAUCACCCCUGAUCGUUGGCCAUGCAGGCUGCAGGGAGUUGGGAAUCCAGCAGCACCUGGAGGGCAUCAUGUUGACUAGCCUUGCUCCAAGCUGUUGUCCUGAUUGCAGCGCUGUCACUCCAAGGAGCCACAUCAGCACAUCCUCUGCUCGCUGUUUGAGCAGAAAUGAUUUUUCUCCAGCUCUGCAGAUAUCACGACAAGUCAAGUCAAGUCAAGUUUAUUGCGGCCAAAGCCAGUGACACUAAACACCAUAAGAUCAGACAACAAGAAAUCAGCAACAACUUCAGAAAAGAAAAAAGGUUACACAAGAGAACUUCACAGUGUGCCAUUCAACAGAAGAGAUUUACGCUUCUUAAUUACUAAAGUGCAAUAUUUAGCCACCUCAUAUGAUACUGAGCUUGAGGAAUCUUCCAGGAGGUAUUUUCGAAGAGUUUCAGGGGAGGAUUCCAAAUAAUAUUGAAGGGGUAUAAAUUUUGAUAGAAGCGGUAAAAUAAGUUGAACUCGUUCUUCACUAUAGAAUUCGCAAGACAAAAGAAUGUGUGUGACAGAUUCUACCUUAUUAGACAUACAAGGGCAGAGACGCGCCUGCAUUGGAACUCGCGUGAAUUUGCCGUACAGCACUGCUGAGGGCAUUGUCUCAAAGCGGGCUCUAGAGAAAGCCCAUCUAUAGGUUUCGUUAGUGAUGUUAGUUAAGUAAGGGGCAGCUGCAAAAUUAGGCCAAGCUUUUAUACAUCUAUACGUCUCUGGGAGUAGGGCGCCUUCUUGUUGUAAUUCGAUAUCAUAAAGUCUCCGAGUGAUAGUAGCUUUUGCCUUGUUCAGAGUUCCAAUAAAAAUAUUUUCAGGGUUUAGGCCAAUUUGUUUGAUCUUGUUAGUUAUUUGCAUAAGCCAAGGAGGAUAGGGAACUGCGGCCAGGAAGCAAGGUAAUAGACCCUUAGGAUUGUAAUGGAUUUUCAGCCAGAGGGAUAUUGCUUGUUCCCAGACUUUUAAUUCCACUCUGGGCAGUCCUGCCUCUUGCCUUAAGACUGCAUUAGGUGUACACUUAGGAGUAGCAAAUAAUGAUCUUAAGAAUUUAGAUUGUACUGUUUCAAGGGUCUUAAGGUUGGCAGAGGGGCUAAUUUGAGAGCCAUAUAGAAGUUGGGCUAAAGAUUUUGCCUGAAAGACUGUUAGGGCCAUCGGGAGGAAGCCAGCUCCUUUCCUUCUGAAUAAUCUAAGGAUAGCAUUUGCACUUCUUUCUGCUGAUAUAGCUGAUGUGGUCAAGUGUGUUGAGAAUUUGGCAUUAUAAGAGAAAGUAAUGCCUAAGUAUUGGAAGGUCUUAGUCUGUUCAAUGGCGUUUCCCUUUACGCUCCAAUUAUCCUUCCUAAAGGAGCGGUUAAAAUGUACAAUUUUGGUUUUGGCAAAAUUAAUUGUUAACAGUUCAGUGUUACAUUGGUCACUAAACUUUCCUAAGGCACGUUUCAGACCCACUUUGGUUUGAGAGAGAAGAACAGCGUCAUCCGCAUACAUUAAAAUUGGUACUUUUCUGCCAUUAGAGAACACAGGGGGGUGGGUUUCAAUUUCACGGCAGCAUGUGACCAGGGAGUUGACAUAGAUAUUAAAUAGGAAUGGGGCUAAUAGGCAUCCUUGUCUAACUCCUCUUUGGACUAGGAUUUCUCUAGAGAGUCUGCCGUCCUGUGCAAGUCUUAUCUGGAGGGUAUUGUUCUCAUGAAGCUUAAUCAUCAGAAGUAAUAACCUUCUGUUAAUACCCAUAUUGGCCAAUUUGGCCCAGAGCCUGCUCCUGGAUACAGAAUCAAAUGCUGCCUUUAGGUCCACAAAGGCCGCAUAUAAUGACUUUUUCCAAUAUUUCGCAUACUUAUAGACAAAGUAAUCUAGCACUAAGCAGUGAUCAAUGGUGGAACGUCCGGAUGUAAACCCUGCUUGUUCAAUUUCUAGCAAGUUAUUAUGAUCUAACCAUUCCCAUAAUUUUAGGCAUAGAUGUUUUGUAUAAAGUUUACAGAUCACAUUCAGGAGACUAAUUGGUCUAUAAUUAGAUGGAUCUGAGGGGUUGCCCUUUUUAAAUAUGGGAACAAUUAUAGCUAGUCCCCAAUCUUUAGGGAUUUCAGUUGUCUUAUCUAUAUAUGAAAAUAGAUUAGCAAGGACCGGGGCCCACCAGUUUAUUUGCGCUUUCAGAAGUUCAGCGACAAUGAAAUCACUUCCUGGGGCUUUGCCAGAUUUCAUUUGUAGAAUUAGCGAAGUGAUUUCAGUUUCAGAUGUUGGGGGCCAUGGUGUAUCAUUAUCUAGGGGAUGUUAAGCGGCGCAGAAGGACGAUGUUCCCUAAACAGCACUUUAUAGUGCUCUUCCCAUGAAUUUGCAGGGAUUAUUGUGCCCUCAUUAGGAGCUUUGGUUUGACUGGAGAUAAUUUUCCAGAAGUUGGAAUUGUCUUUUUCUAUUGACGCUUUUAUGAGGGCCUGCCAAAUGAGAGAGUCUGCGGUUCUUUUUUGGUUUUUAAUAACUCUUUGUAGUUCUUUUUUUUAAGUUGUAACUCCAAUUUAGUGAUAGGGUUAGGAUUUUGCUGGAAGACCUUAAAGCAUUCCCUGAGUAUAAGUUUUGCCUGAGUGCAUUCGUGAUCAAACCAUUUUUGUUGGUAGGGGAGUCAUUUUGGUUAGAUCUUCUGGGUCUUGACAAUAACGGUUGGAGUUUUCGGAUUAAUGUAUUAUAAUGGUCAAUUGGGGAGGUCUCUUCAGUGUCGUUGGAAGUUAGAUCAGCCCAGAGGAGUUGACCUUCCAUUGAUUGUGUCCAGAUACCAAAAUGGUUAUUAACAUAAGGGGACCAUUUGAUUCUGGAUCUGCCUAUUUGUUGUAAAGCGCUAGGAUCAGGAGUCUGCGGGGCAAGCCCACAUCUAGAGGGUUCCCAAAAUUCAGUCCUUUUAAGGUUUAGGGGUAAAUGGUCACUUUCGGUUCUUAUAUCUACAGCAAAUUCAAUAUAUUCAUCGAAGAGUUCUUGGGAGACAAGGAUGUAAUCAAUAACAGAAUGCCUUAAGCCUGACCAGUAAGUAAAUUGGCCAGGGCAGUCCCCCGAGGAGAGGCCGUUUAAAAUAACAAGGUUUAAUCUAAGUGCCAUUAAAAAAAGACAUGUACCAGCAAAAUUGGAAACUGGGUCAAGUGAGUGGCGCCUGAAUAGGGGCCAAUGUUCAUCAUUAGCAUUUAGGGGACCCAUUCCACUUUCCUUGAUUAACUGUUCGUCUGAGUGGCCUAGCCUUGCAUUAAAAUCCCCACCAAUAAUUAAGGAGGCAGAGGGAAACUUAUUUGAGACGAGGAGAAUGCAGUCUUCCAGUUCGUUCCAGAUGUUUUUAAGAUCAGUUUGUUUCAUAAGUGGGUGAAUAUAAACAUUGAUGCAUAUGAUCUUAAAAUGGGUGGAGAAUAUUUUAACGGCCAAAAUCCAUUUUUUAUCGAUUUUCAAUUGGAUAGGGGAGGCUCCUAGAUCUGUCGAUACGAAGGUGCUCAGACCUCCCACCGGUCUUCCGCCUUUUGGGCCGAUUGAGGCAGGGGAAUGGAAAGCAAAGUAAUUGUGUAGUUCGAAAGGAUUUUGCAUCCAGGUUUCUUGGAGCAGGAUGAUCUUGAACUGUGAUACGUAGGUUAAAACGUCUUUGUCCCUUGUUUUCGAUUGCCAUCCAGCAAUGUUCCAGGAUAGUAGUAGGGGUGAGAGUCAUUUUGUCUCUUCAAUAGCAUCUAGGGCUUUCCCGGAGUCGUGGAAGAUGCAACCAUUGAAUGGUUGAGUCUCCGGUAAUGUGAUUAGGGGCGCCACAGAGAUUUCGGCGUGGAUUUCAGAUGGGCAGAGUAGGGGUGUGUGUUCUGCCGUGACCUGAGGAGAUUCAUGACCCAUUUUUCGCUCCGAGUUAGGUGGAAUAUUUGCCUCUUUUGUGGGCGCUAGAUCUUCAAAGUUGCGGAGAUAGAGUAGUAACUCAUCUAGUCUGUCCGUUAUCUCUGUUUGUUCGGCUUUUGGCAGAUGGGAGAAGGAGACAAGUAAUUCCUGCUCCAUCGAAUUCUCAAGAUGAGUAGCCUUUGAUAGGAGGGGCAUGGGGGUCUCUGUCCAACUAAUUAAGUCUGAGGGUGGAGAGGUAGAGCUCGUAGUAGAUGGAAUGCCCUCAUUUUUAAUUGCUUUCCUUUUAACUGGAGAGUAGGGAAUAAGAGGGCAAAUCUUAGUGUUGAUAAAAACUCUUGUGAUAAAAAUUCUAUAAUUAGUCAGAUAGCUUCGUAAGGACAUCAUAUAAGUUGGAAGCUUUUUAGAAUCAAAGGUGAGCAGUAUCCUCUGCAUGUGUGGCUUGCUGUAAAUGUGGACAGUAGAUUUCAGAUCGAUGGAAAGAGGGUCUACGCCCAGAAGCUCAGCUAAAUGCCUUCUUGCGACAUGUGUAGACGACCAGUUAACAACCUGACCUUUGAAGGGGAGGAUAAUUAAACAAAGUCUAGUGGCUUGUAACGAAAGAUUAUAGGAAGAUAUGGUGUGUAAAUCUUCCAUAGAUUGUUCGUUUUCAGAUUUGCAGCCAAUCUGCGGGGUUGAGCGUAAUAGGGCAGGUACUCUGGGCGUUGGUUCAGCCCUAUCCUCCGGUGAAACGUCUACAGGGCUGACAUUAACUUUUGGGGAUACAAGGGAUGUAAUAUUCUCUAAGGAGCCUUUGAUGUCUCUUAUGUAUUUAAAGAUACAGUCCACGGUUUUAGCCACUAGGUCUAACGUAGUAGAGUGUUCAAGCAGUAAUUCAGAGAGAUAGUUUGCUUGUUCUCCGAUGCAGUCUUCCGCCUGAAAGGGCUUAGUUGGAACUUUUUUGGGGCCUUUUGGUCUCGUGAUGGUGUUGUUUAAGGAGUUAAUGAGUUGUUUAGUGGGUGGUUCCUUCGGUGUAAUUUCUUUAUCUAUUAUCUCUGCUAAUGGCGGGAAGCUGUUCGAGGUCGGAAUAUUAAAAGUGUCCUUUGUUUUUCCAUAGAAGAAUUCGCUGAUUUUGGUUUGCUUGGUAAGGGGCAAACAUGCCAUUUCCUCUAAGUCCUCAGACUCUCUGCAGCGUUUACCAACCCCCCUCCUCGCAUCAGCAGGGCCGUCUAAUUGCUGAGUCAUCUUUCCCUUUGCCUCGCUCUUUUAUCUUCCCUAAGUUUUUCAAAGAGUCGAGGGAGUAUUUUCCUUGAAAGUAUCCUAUUCAAGGAGGAGGAGUGUGCCAAAGGUUAUUGGCAUAACACUAAAUUAUGCUCCGUCUGUGCCUCCAGACUUAUGGUGGGAGCAGCCCAUGAAUCUUCCUGUAAGCUCUUCGCAGUGUGAUAAGAUAGGCAAUACGGCUUUAAAGCUCCAAGAAGAGUCAGGAAAGCGGAACGUAGGAUAGAAUGGGGUGAGCUCAAAGUUCAUUAAAAUAGCUCAAUGUUCAUUAAAAUAGUCUUUAAAAGGGGUAAGAGAGAAUAAAAAGAUAAAAUCAAUGGGCUCACAUUAGUAGAGUGCUGUCCGCCAUCAUACCGGAAGAGGAAGCCCGAGGCACCCGUGCCAUUCCAGAUAUCACGACAAUAAUCAUGUGUUGUCUGCUCUCUCUAUAAGGAUCUUAUAAGAUCCCAGCCAGAGUGGUGUAGUGAUGAGAGAGUUGGACCAGGCCAGGUUCAAAUCCGCACUUGGCUUUGAAGCUCCUUGGCCAGUCACUCUCUCACAGGCUCACCACGGAGCAGCCUGCUGGAUCAGGCCAAUGUCCCAUCUAGUCCUGCAUCCUGUUUUCAAAGUGCCCAACUAGAUGCCUGCCAGGAACAUGCAAGCAGGACAUCGUUGCAACAGGACCUCUUUCCUCCUUCGGUUUCCAACAACUGGUAUGUGGCGGAAGAGCAUAGCCUCCAUCAUGGCUAGUAGUCAUUGGUCACUACCUUCUCCAUGAAUUUGUCCGAUUCUGUUUAAAAUCCAUCCAAGUUGGUGGCCAUCACUAUCUCCUGUUGGAGCGAAUGCCAUAGGUUAACUUAACUGUAGCCCAACAUCAUGUUCUAGAUUGUGGUAGGAGAUCCGUGUGUGAUUUCCUGGCAUUGGAACAAGGGGCAGCGAGUAGUUGCCCAAGGCUUGCCUGUUGCCUUGCUAGCAGUGGUAGGGCUUGAAUGCCAUAUCCAGUUAUCUUUCUAAUCCCCACCACCAAUUUAAACACCCCCUGUAUUCAACCUGAUGUUCCCUGGAUGUUUUGGCAUAUAACUCCGCUUAAGCCUGUGCUGCUGUAUGAUUCUGGGCCUGAUGGAAGCAUAGCUUUGCUGGUUGGGACUGAUGGGACUUGUAGUCCAAAAUAUCCCAAGUUGGGAAAGGCUGAUCUGGGUGCCUUCAGUUGGAGGAUCAGUCUGGACUUCAGUACAAAAAGACUUUAGAAAGAUAAUCAUCUUUCUAGCAUGCUCAUCUAGUGAAUGAGAAGUACAGCACAAGUUGAGUGUCACAGUUUAGUAUAAAAAGCCCACAUGCACACAUUACCUGAGGCAAAGCUAUUUGGGAAGGUUGCUUAUUAUCAGCAGCUGAAAAGGGGAGGCUGUUUGGAAGUCACAACUCCUAUUCUAGCAUUAAAAACAUCUGAUGAAGGGUAGCAUCAUCAUCAAGCUGACUACAGUACUGGGUGGAACUAUAUUUAAAGGCUGCCUUUCUAUCCAAGGCAGUGAACAAAAAGUACAUUAUUGUAAUAAAACAUUAAAAGUACAAAAAAUCCCCAAUAUAUUAAAAUAUAAUUUAGCCCAUAUAAAAGCCAUUUCCUGAGCUGCAGCAAUAUGAUGAGAGGGGGGAUUUCUAGUAGUGAAAGGGAGGUUUCCUACUAAAGUUAAUUUAGCAUUUCCUUAUAAUUUGGUCUCUUAAAUGACUUGCAGUCCCCAGUUCCUGCUUCUGAAGACACAACUGGUAGUGGAAAUGCUUGUUGUUAUGCUUUUUAUAAUUAAUACCUGAGACACUGUGACCUUAAGGUUUAUUGGAUUGUAGUCAUAAGAUGUGUUUUCACCAGCAUUCUUCAGUUACGCAAAUAUUAGAGCUUAAGUUUAUAUGAGAGUCCAUGUCCCGUGUAUCUUCCAGAGAUUUCAGUUAAAGGGUUUAUCUGGAUACAAAUGGUUUCAGUGCCGGUCAUAUCAAUUUUCUUUACAGACUGACCCCCUAUGCCUGACCACGCAGAUGUCAGCCUGCCCCCAGAGGACCGGGUCAGGGGUCUUAUCCAAAUGGGCAGUAGUGUGGAGGUGAAUGAAGAUGUCCCACCUCGGAGGUACUAUCGUUCUGGAGUUGAGAUCAUCCGGAUGGCAACUAUCUAUUCUGAAGAAGGCAACAUUGAACGUGCCUUUAUAUUGUACAACAAAUACAUCACGUAAGAAAUUUGCAUUGCUCAGUAAUAACAGAAGUACCAUUGUAUUGUAAACCAGCUGGGCCAGAUGGAGCUUAUACGAGAUUCUUGCCCAGUUACUUAUUGUGACUCAGGUGUGCUGGUACUGGCUUCUUCCCUCACCUAACUUUUUAAUCAGCAAGAAGAAGAUGACUUUAUCUCAUCCCAAACCUGAGCCUAAUGGUUUAUCUAAGCAACCUGUCAAAUCAACCCUCGAUUGUAUUUUAAUCUUUGUGGAUAGUUCUGUAAAUCUUGAUUCAAAGACAAGGCAAGUGUCCAGCCUGCAUGUAAUGGAUGUGCAUUCAGUAGAAGGGCUGUAGCUCAUAGGUAGAACAUCUGCUUUGCAUGCAGAAGGUCCCAGGUUCGACCCCUGGUUUCUCCAGGUAUUAUUAUUAUUAUUAUUUUAUUAUUAUUCGAAUUUAUAUACCACCCUAUACCCAGAGGUAGUGGUGGGAAUGUUGUCUGUCUGAAAGCCUGGAUAGAUGCCACCAGUCAGUGUUGACAGUACUGAGCUAGCUGGAUCAACAGGCUGGCCUAUGGGUUGUAUCAAAUGUUAGUCCUACUUGGAGUAGACCAAUUGAAAAUGAAAUACAUGACUAACUUAGGUUCAUUCAUUUCAGUGGUCUACUCUGAGUAGGCCCAAGUCCCCUUUACCAGCUUUGUCUGGUUCUCCAACUGCAACCUUUCCUGGACAAGAAUUGCCUGACCAAUGUAGUCCAGACAUUUGUAACCUCAAGACUAGAUCACUGUAAUCCACUCUACUGGAGCUGUCCUUGGAUCUGGUUUGAAAGCUCCAGCUGGUGCAGAAUGCAGUGGCCAGACUGCUGGUGGGGGCAGUGGACCAAAAACAUGGGACAACUUUGUUAAACAUUCUGCUCUGGUUGCCCAUCUGCUGCUGAGCCAGUUCAAGGUCGUUGUAUUCACUUACAAAACCCUGGACAAUUUAGGUCCUGGGUACCUGAGGGAUCACCUGAACUCUUAUAUCCCAGCCCAACCUUUAUAUUACUGAGAUCAUGUGCAGAAGCGUCAUUGGUCAUUCCCCAAGUUGGUGGUGCUCAUUUGGCAACAGCAAGAAACCAUGCCUUUAGUGUCAUCAGCACAGUCCUGUGGAACACUCUGCCAGUAGAGAUUAAGCAGGCACCUUCUGUGCCAACUUUUAAGUGCCUGCUGAAAACCUUGCUGUUCUGCCUGGCCUAUGCAGGCAAUUAAGAAUACAGCCUUCCACAGUCACUAAUUGGUGUCUGUUUUUAACUCUUUAAUAUAGUUUUAUUGUACAAUUUUAUAUUUCAGGGAUGUCCAACUCCCAAUAGACUGUGAUCUACUCACAGUAUUAAAAAACUGGCAGUGAUCUACCCAUUGUCGUAAAAAGACUGACAGUGAUCUACCCAAAGUUGUUGAACUUUUUUUAGUAAGCCAAAGUUUGUUUUUUGCUUUUUUUGCUUUUUUGUAAGGAGAUCGCUGAGGGGCCGGAUAUCUAACAGGAACACCCUGAUCUACUGGUAGAUUGCGAUCUACCUUUUUUGGACAUGCCUGUUGUAUUUUAUUGCUGUAUACCACUUUAAUGCAGUUUCUUUUAUGACAUAGCAAUAUAGAAAUAUUUUUAUAAACAAAAUAAAAUACGGUACAAGCGCAGUGGGGAUGGGGAAGAUAAAUGAGCAUGUCACUGGUGUAAUGUCUUAGGCAUGAAAAGCACCAUGUUUUGCUCAUCACUCCCAAUAGUCAUUAAUACAACAGCUGCCGGGGGGGGGAGUUGGGGGCUGUGUGAAUGCUGUAAAAAUUACUUCUGGGGUUGGGCAGGGGGACCUUAUUGAUUCCAUUAUAUGAGGAUGAAAAGUCAAAUGAGUUUCUUUUAACCCAGAAAAGUAGUUUUUGUAAUUAUCAGCAAGCAGGCUCAAGGGAGGUCUCUGGGCUGUAGCACUGACUGCCAAACUAACAAAAACUGUAACUUGCCUGGAUUGUUGAAUGCAAAAGGAUCUGCCAGGUUUGUGUAUUUAAUUUAUAAAUUUAUAUCCCUCCUUUCUCCCAAACUGGGAUUCAAGGCAGCUUGCAACAUUUGAAAACAACAUUAUAAAAUACCAGUGUUAUAGAAACAAACAAGUUGAAAACAGUAAUUAAAAUACUCUCACUGAGAGAACUGAGAUUACAGGGAACCAGGCAGAGGGCCUUCUCAGUAGUUGCUCCCGCCCUGUGAAACACCCUCCUGUCAGAUGUCAAGGAAAUAAGCAACCACCUGACUUUUAGAAGACAUCUGAAGGCAGUCUUGUUCAGGGAAGUUUUUAAGGUUUGAUGUUGUAUUAUGUUUUAAUUUGUUGGAAGCUGCCCUGAGUGGCAUAGGGGCGUAUAAAUAAGAAACUAUCACCACCACCACCAUCAGAGCACAUUUAGAACCGGCAAUUAAAGUGCAAUUUGCCCUGACUAUAAUGGUCUGCACCUUAAGUUUUUAAAGGCCUGUCUGAACAGGAAGGUCUUAGCCUGCUGGUGGAAGGAUAGCAAAGAGGGAACCAAUCUAAUCUCUCCUGGGAGGGAAUUCCACAAAUUGGAAGCAGCCAGAGGAAAUGCUGUCUCUUUGGUCACCACCAACCGUCCUCCUUAAGUUGAUGGGACCGAGAGAAGAUCCCCAAGAAUCUUAGGGAGAUGCAAUAUUUCAGAUAGCCUGGGCACAAGCCAUAUAGGCUCUUAUAGGCCAUAACCAACACUUUGAAUUGUGCUCAGAAACAGACUGUUAGCCAAUGAAGUUAGCUCUCCGUAACUGGCCUCAAACAGCAGUCUGCCUGGCUGCAUAUAUCGACAUGUAGCUUCAGUUACUAGUUCAGUUCAGCUUAUUUCUUACUAGGCCAAGAGAAUCCUCUUCCAUUCCUCCCCUGGGAAAGAGGACCUUCAUUUUCACUUGUUGGCAUUUGCUGAUUAUUGAGCCGCGAGGUUCACAUUUUCCCUUCAGUGUUUGAAUGAAAAGCUGAUAGCUGACUCAGAGCUGCAGUUUAAGGUUACCCAAUCAAAGGCCUGGUUGUUUGUUUAUUGUUGAGAUGCCACAUAUAUCAGUCUUAACAAUCUUCUAAGUUUGCUUUGAGGGACGCGGGUGGCGCUGUGGUCUAAACCACAGAGCCUAGGGCUUGCCGAUCGGAAGGUCGGCGGUUCAAAUCCCCGCGACGGGGUGAGCUCCCGUUGUUCAGUCCCAGCUCUUGCCCACCUCGCAGUUUGAAAGAAUGUCAAAAUACAAGUAGAUAAAUAGGUACUGCUCCAGUGGGAAGGUAAAUGGCAUUUCUGUGCGCUGCUUUGGUUUGACAGAAGCAGCUUAGUCAUGCUGGCCACAUGACCCGGAAGCUGUACGCCGGCUCCCUUGGCCAGUUAAGCGAGAUGAGCGUCGCAACCCCAGAGUCGUCCACGACUGGACCUAACGGUCAGGGGUACCUUUACCUUUUACCUUUUAAGUUUUCUUUGAGAGAUCUGGGAGUCAAAGCUGGGGGCAGGGUGGGGGAGUGGGAAUCUUCAUUCUCCUAGGAGACAAUAUCAAAUUUCUAGUGAGCUGUGCUGUUGGGGUUUUUCCAGUAACAUUGAAAGUCGCUUUACUGUUCAGCCAGUUUUUUAGCAGUGCCUCAAAAUCCUCCCUAAGGAUUUGGAUUCCACAAGAGCAGCCUUCCUUGUAGCCAAGAAGGGAUAUUGGCACUCUUCAUAGGCGGUGAUGUCAUGCAUAUCACAGGAACCUCCCAUGCAGUUACUCGCUUUCACAACCUUUACAUUCAUUCAGUUCCCAAGCAAAAUGCCUUUUCUUUCCUGUCUUGGAUGUGAUUAGCUGCCUUGCUCCAGAGUCCAGUGUAUUGCAUUGAGCUCCUCCGCCCCCCCCCCUUUAGUGCUGUGGGCUGGUUUGUGGCCUCUGUGUGUUUACUCAGAAGUAAGUCCCACCAAGUUUGUUAGGGCUUACUUCUGAGUAAGUGUUCAUAGGGUUGCAGCUUUAGGGUUUCAGGUGCUGUUGAAAUCCUUUAACACGCUGAAAAUCCGCUUCACAGUUCGUUUCAAAACGUCUCUAAGCGAAUGUUAAAUUCUUGUUAGUUCCAAAAAUGGAAGUGGGGUUCUGGUAUGGUCAGCCUUCUCUCCUUUCCAAUGGCUGUUGCUGCCACCAUUACCCAGGCAUCUUCUAUGCACAAUUUUCCUGCUCCAGCCCCAUUACAUUCAGUACAUUUUUUCCUGAUUAGCAUCACCUUCAGCCUUGCUUAACCUUCCAUGCUUCCUCUUUUAUGGGCAUUUCUGGGAAGAGAAACUGGCCAAGGGACCUGCUAAGUGUAAAACUUGGUGGAUCCCUUCCAGCUCUGCUCCCUCUUGGCAGCCACCUAAGCCUCCUUUAACUAAACAAAUCCUCCAACUGUGAUUCUGCCAUUGCAGUAACAAAUGCGGGAGCAGUGAGGAAACUCUGUGUGGAUUACAGUACAAAUGGUGUUUCUAUUUUGUCAGGCCUUGUGCAGGACUGUCCUUACUGUGAGGGAACUCGUCUUGGAGGACUAAGCAUGGCUAAGCCUAAAUUAUCCAUUUUUGGAGGGUUGCUCAACCUGAUCCCACCAGGGAUGCUCAGACUUUUGAAUGAAGUUGGCAUAGUCAUUGCGAAGCGCUUCAUAGGUGCAGAGCAAAUUUGCUCAGAUGAUGGGAGGUUGUAAUGGGGAGGUACUGAGAGCAAAUGUGCUUCCCAAAGGGUCCUCUCCAGGGACAGAGUGGUGAGUUCAUCCUGCCUUUCCAGAAGGCAAAUUCAGUAGCAAGACAAUAAAACUGAGGUAGACCUAGAAACAUUUUUGUUUAGAAUUUGGAGGGGUUGGAUAAAGUUGUUUGGAGACUGAACUUCUGGUUGGCCAAUCCUGGCCUAAAUCAGCAUCUGAAUGAAAGUACAUUUAAGUUGCUGAAAUAGGACCCUUCAGAUUGCAGCUGAAAACUGAUUUGUCAGUUAUGUGCAGGAGGUUGAACCAUUUCCAUUUAUGCAAACCUGUGCCUGAAGUAGGCUUGAGCUUUGCUUUGAUGCUACUUGGCAGGCCAGGUUUUCCUUUGAACAAAUAAUUCCCAUGGUCUUUGCUUGUGUGGAGGAACAGAAUAUCCAGAUUUGCAAAUUAUAGUCUGUUCCAGUACCUGGCUGUGGGGACCAUUUCCAUUAGAAGAAGGAAGUGGCAGAAAGCUCAGCUUUUGCCCAGGGACUGUUUUGUAUGCAGAGAGUCAAAUUUCUCUUGGGGAGCAAGUUUGCCAUUUAAGUAGAGCUAUAUGAGUAACACGGAUGCAAUUUUCCACAGAGAUUACGAUCCUGUGACUCAAAGCUCUAAGUGUGAUAUUCUGAGUCUGUUUGAGAUGCAGUUUCCUGUGGAGUGCCUAUGUUAGAAAAGGGAUGUCUUUAGUUUGUGGUGGAGAGCAGGAUUGUGUCCUGGAAUUUUGCUGUAAAAAAUGUAAACUGAAAUUCUGAUCCCAGAGUCCCCAGGUGAUCAGGGUACAUAGGCCUGAUCUUAGCCACACAGGAUUAUUGUAUUGGACCUGGAAAUGCUGUAACAACCCAAGUGUGGUCAUGGUUCUCCUUCCUACAUCUCAGCUGCCUGUUUUCACUUUCUUUGUCCUCUCUAUUACAAGGCUCUUCAUAGAGAAACUUCCGAAGCAUCGUGAUUACAAAACUGCUAUCAUUCCUGAGAAGAGAGACACAGUAAAAGUAAGUGGCCACACUGGCCGUAAUGGGGAAACUUUGCUUUAAGAUUUUCCUCUAGAGCAAAGCUGCUGUAGCUCCCAGAUACUGGCAAUGAGGAAGAAGCUGUUAGUCUGUCACAAGCAUAUAUAGAAACUAUUUUGCAAUGAAUUAUGUUGCAAAAUGCAGGCGCCCGAGAGAGAGAGAGAGCGCACGCUAAGAAGUGUGUCACCCUUCCUUGUAAGUUUCUGUCCUGACUCCCUCUCCCUGAUGUGCUGUUGCACAGCUCCAAUUUAUUUCAAUGGUGCUUGCCUAGGCAAACAUCCUGGCAGACUGUUCCAGGCCCCUCUAAUAAUGGUUCUUAUUGUCACACUGCUACUGAUCACAGCUUCUUUUUGAGUUCUAAAGAACUUGAUUUUCAUGCUUACUUUCUCUCUAUCCAGAAACUAAAAGAAGUUGCAUUUCCUAGAGCUGAAGAGCUGAAAAAGGAGCUUUUAGAAAGAUACAACAAAGAAUAUGCACAGUACAAUGUACAAAAAGUGAGUAACAGGAGGAGAAAUGCAUGAGCUCCAAAUUGUGGCUCUGAAGACCACAGCUUGCAGGGAAUGAUGGCUGUUUGGGGUCUGUUUGUGUUUGGUCCUGGUCAAACAGUGAAGCUGACAUGUUAUCCCAGCACUGUACCCCAGCUACCCUUGAUCUCUCUCCCUAUUCCAGCAACUGGUAUUCAGAAAAAAACUCUUCCAUCUUCAUCCAGAGUGGCUGUGGAGGUUCUGCUCUGGUGUCUUGGGGUCAAUAAUGGACUGGAUGGGGAAGAACAAAUUUGAAGUUAACAUAAAUGAGAUAGUCUUGCUUAUAGGAGUUUAGCCUGUUGUGAAUGGGAGUAACACUCCCCAUUAAAUCUCAGAUUAUAGUCUGAGUGUUCUCCUGAAUCCAGCCUUGAGCCUGGAUACUCAAGUGAUGGCCACAGUGAGGAAUGCCUUUGCCCAGUUUAGAUUGGUACACCAAAUGUGCCUGUGCCCAGAAAAUACUGGUUUAGCCCUGGUGACACAUGCCUUAAUUACAUCUGGAUUAUAGCGAUGUGCUUUCCAUGGGGUGGACUUUGAAAAAUCGUCCAUAAACUUCCGCUGGUCCAGAAUGCAGCAGCCGGAUUUAUUUUUAAAUCUGCUUUUGCCUGUGAGACCCAAGGACUUCCAUGGGCUGCCUGUGUUGCACCUUUUCUCACCUGGUCCCUUGUCUGAUGUUCCUGAUGCAGAAGAAGCAGGAGGAAGAGUUUGCCCGCAGCCUGGCUCUGCAGCAGCAGCUGGAGGAGGAGAGGCAGAGGGUGGCCAGGAUGAAGCAGCAGCAGGCCGAGCAGGAGCAGUUCAGUGCAUUCGAGGAAAUGAUCCGGCGCCAGGAGCUGGAGAAGGAGCGCCUGAAAAUCGUGCAGCAGUUUGGGAAGCCAACGCCCAACACCUCGGAUGGCCCCUUGGUACCUGGCGUGCUCAAGCCCUUGAGCCCCAGUGGAGGAGGAGUGCUGCCAAAACCCCCCACUGUGGACAGGUCUCUGAAACCUGGAGCUUUGGGGAUCCCAGAAAACAGUUAGUAUGCCUUGACCCACCUUGUUUGGCUACUGGGUGACAGAUCUCCUUCCCUUCCACGUGAAAACAUGAACAAACCCCUCACCUACAAUGUGAGAGUGUUCUAAAACUAAAUUACACCACUUUUGUACCACUUAAAACCCUGCUUGUGCCGAUCCAGAUCUCUGUAUUGUAGAGUGUUGACAAGAUGACCCUUUGGGUUCCUUCCAACUCUACAAUUCUGAUUCUAGGAUCUGGUAUGUUCUCUGCAGAAGAGACAGAUCCCUCUGCUACUGUUUUGCCAUCUGAAGCUGAGCCGCCUCACAAGCCCGUUUUAUUUCCUGCCCUGCCCUCAUGCUCUUGAGUGGCCAUAGGCGUGCAUGCACGCGGGGCCGUGGGGGCCACCCCCCCAUUUUCACUGAGGGGGCCGCCCCCUCUAUUCCGCGGCCAGAUGGGCUUUGUCGGGCCCUCCCACACCUGUGACUAGGCCCCAUCGGGCCUUUGAGGGGGCGCAAAGACAGCCGUUCUCCAAGGACCCAACAAGUUUGUGGGCUUCAGUGGUUGAUUGGAGAAACCUGGGUUCUAACUUAAUCCUUGAAUAUUCGCCCGCCUUUCAUCCCCCCCCCCAAUUUUCCUCCAUCUGCUCACUGAAAAUAUUAUCAGUUCUUUCAGAAGGCAGUCCUGAAAUACAGAGAAUCCUGCAACAUUGAGACAUUUUUGCAGUGGAGCGAUGGUCAUGAGUUCUGUUAGUAGGUCCCUCCCUGUGGAAUGUAAGGGGUGACACACAUAUUGGAAAGGGCUUUUGGACCUUAUACAGCACACCUGAGCUUUUUAUUUCCAGGUGUGCAUCCGCUUACCAGAGGCAACUUUGGGCUACCUCUUAAUUCUGGUUGAAAUAACCACUGGCCCUUUUUUAAAGUGCCGGUCUCAAAACAAUCUUCCUGUGACCUAUUCUUCCAAACAACAGAUCAUGUAGUAAAUCUGAGUCCGGACCAUUCAGUUCAGAUUGCAGGCAUUGACUCAUACGUUUGAAUGCUUCCCUUCCUCCCUCACACACACACACACACGCAUAGUGAACUAGCAAUUCGGGGUAAAAGCUUAGGCUAGAACCAGGCCUGAUAUAUGCCUGUCACAUUGUACAUCAAAAUCUUCUCUUCUCUCUGCAGAUACUACUAUAGAAGGACUUCGCCAUGUGACUGUCCCCAGAGAACUCUGUCAUAAAUUCCUCCAGUUGGCGGAUGCAAACACUGCAAGGGGUGUAGAGACAUGUGGAAUCCUUUGUGGGAAGCUGGUACGGUGACUUCUGGGAUAAUUACGUCAAUAUUUGGUAGUCCCCGGUUUCAAGGCUCUCAAGUUGCUGAUUUGUUUACUUGGAAAUAUUUGUGUUUAUUAAUAUUAACUUGCUUUACAUCACUUAAAGAACAUGGGUGCAUAUAUCAAAGCUGUUGCACAUAUGUAAAACUGGUUGCACUGAUGUGAAGUCAUGGAACCUUCAUGAACACUCUUUCUUGCAAAAACUCACCCUGAGAAGAUACAAGUUGCAAAAAGUCAGCUUUGUUGAGGGGCGUCUUUUGGAGGAGACCUUGUAUAAGAGUUAGGGACAAGAGGGUGUGUGCUGUCAGCAGGAGUGGUGGAGAAGCAGGAAGACUGAGGAGGCAGCAGGGCUAAGAGGUAAUAGACGGAGCCCCGAGGCCGUGGACAGACAGAUGGUGGUGAUGUCAAAAUAUUUCAGCAGUGCAGGAGCCUACAAUACCACCCUAGACUGAUGCUGCUCUGGAUAUUGGAUAGUACAGCUUGUUGUUUCACACCUUCGAAGGUUAUGGUGGCUUCAAUGUGUUUUGGUAAAAUGAUAAAUUAAUCUCUCUUUUUUUUUAAAAUGAUGUACUGCAACCUUUGCUUUAGUUUGUAAUACAUUAGGACCACUUCUUUCAAUUUUUUAAAAUGAAGCUCUUAAGCUGAAAAACCCCCUCAAGUGUUUGAUGUUGUCUUUUAUAUUUUUACACUGUAGCCAGAAAGCCAAUUUUACCCAUUUUUCUUUGCCUCCAGCCUCCCUUGAACUUCUCUAGGUGGGAGAUUUGUUCAUCUAGGCAGCUUUUGCCCUUCGGAUUAUUAAAGUGGGACACAGGUAGUUUUUUUAAAGUAAUUCAGUAAAAUUAAACAACAACAAGGCAGCGGAGGGAUGUAAAAUCAAGAGCCAGCAGCAAAACAGACCUUUUAAUCUAUCUAAAAAUGUUCCAGUGUUCUCUGGUUAUGGUAUGACAUGUUGCUGUCUUUUUAUACUGGAUAUUUCUAAAUUUUAUUUUUCCUCUUUGAUUUAUCUACUCUGCUUCAUUGGAGGUUUUUAAACAGAGGUUAGGUGUCCAGCUGUCAGUGAAUCUUAAGCCGGGAUCCAUGCAUUGCAAGGAGUUUGGAUCGGAUGGCCCUUGUAGUCACUUCCAAUUCCAUGAUUCUAUGAUUACAUUGUUUAAUGACAUUUAUCAUGGGUUGCUUGUGUUAUGGGAACACCGUGUAUAAAUGCUGGUGUCGAUCAGUUAGCCACAUGUCAGUCAGUUUCUGCAGCCCCAGCAGGGCCCCCAAGUGGUGCCUGCCUCAAGCCACCCUUCAAACACACUUUUGCAUCAGCAGCUGCAUCCAGGUGCGGCACAGUGCCCCGACCAGAACAUGGGAAGUUAAUGUGGUGUCCCGGGGUGGUGGAUGUGUCUGAGAGCUGCCAUUUUAAUUUACCAUGGAACACCACUAUCUUGGCAGCACUGUGGGGAAUUUGAAUGGGCGCUCCUCCAGAGUAGUCUGCUGCCCACCACCUCAGUCCCUACUGGGGCAUUGGCAGGUGACACUGAGGUAGGAGAGGGGCUUACCUGUGGGCACUGUACCACGGGCUCCCUCCUACCUAGAACCCCUGCUAAGAGAAAUGGAAUAAAAAUAUGGGUGAUAGAGGAGGCAGGGAAUUGGGGGAAAAUCCUUACACAGCAAGAGGAGCUUGGCAUUUUUAUCGGAAGGGGAGGUACAGCCUAGUUCAGGCAUCCCCAAACUCGGCCCUCCAGAUGUUUUGGGACUACAAUUCCCAUCAUCCCUGACCACUGGUCCUGUUAGCUAGGGAUGAUGGGAUUUGUAGUCCCAAAACAUCUGGAGGGCCGAGUUUGGGGGUGCCUGGCCAAGUUCAUAGAACUGUGGAAUUGUAAGGAACCCCAAGGGUCAUCUAAUUCUGCCCAUUGCAGUGCAGGUGAGGCUGGUGGGAUCGGCAAGAGGGCAUUGAAAAAUCACACCAGAAAGUGAGCAGUAAUUGGAGGAGGAGGAGGAGGGAAAGCUGAAAUUCACUAAAACAUCCAAACUGUCCAGGUCUCUAACGUCUCUGAAGCUGGGAGUGUGGUGUUGGGUCAUUCCAUUCAUAGGCCAUUAUGUUUAUGUCACUGGGGCUGUGUGGUGUUUAAAUGGAAGCACUGUUGGCUGUUGCUAAUGCCUCUUCCUUGCCCCCUUGCCCUUCUUUUUUUCCUUCCAGAUGAAGAACGAAUUCACAGUAACCCAUGUCAUCAUCCCCAAGCAACACGGGGGCCCUGACUAUUGCAACACUGAGAAUGAGGAGGAACUCUUCCUGAUCCAGGAUCAGUACAGCCUUAUCACUCUGGGAUGGAUCCAUGUAAGCCCUUGCUCAAGGCCUUCCAGGUGCAAAAGCCUGUUUGUGGGUGUACUUGUUACGGGCUGAGUCUUUGCCAGGUUCUGUGCUUUCCCCGCAAAGCGAUUGGCUGCUGCCUGCUGUAGAGCAGAAGACAAAUUCAGAGAUUUGUGGAAGGUCCCAAAGCAACCUGCUGCUGGGGGGUGCAAAACCCUAGUGUGCUCCUCUUGUGCAGUCGGACUUCUCAGUGAAUUGUGACUACUUGCAUGCCUGUGUAUGGUGGGGAGGGGGGUGGAAUUACCAAGUGGAUUUCCUUUGGUGCUUAUCACACCCAGGGCCAGCUCUAGCAUUGGGCACAGUGAGGCAGCUGCCUCAGGCAGCUAAUUUUAAGUGUCAUGAAAGGGCAGCAUGCUGCUGUUACUGUUGAAUUGCUCUCUGUGUGGGGGGGUUUCUUGUGGGAUUUUCUGCCUCCGGUUCCAAAACAACUUGGCUUGUAGUGGGGACAAUUAUUUGCCACCUCAGGCAGCAAAAUGUCUUUGGCUGGCCCUGACCACACCCUCUCACCCAUCUGCUGAAUCUGUCUGAUCCCAGGGCUACCACCCUUGGCUGUGCUCUUAGUCAUUCAUUUCAGUGGGGCUCACAUAGGAAAACUUCUUUCCAGAUUGAGCUCUGUGUCCUGGUCUUUGUGCAGGAUGGCAUUUGAAUUUACUUAUCGAGCACCCAAAUAUUUAUGGUCAGAAGUGGUCAGCACUGCACCUGCUUCUUCUCUGCUUCCCCCAGUCUGGACUUAGAUUGCUAGGGCGGGGGUGGGGUUGCUUGGGGAAGGUGACCACUCUGAUAAAGAGCUAUGAAAGGUCAUGUUAAUGUUUCCUUAGAGAACAGGAGCCUUUCCCACUUGCUUGGUGGUUGUCAAGAAUGAGCCAUGCCUUUCUUGGUGCUUGAUUUUAAUUUCUCCUUCUUUUCCUCCAUCCUUAUUUAGACGCAUCCUACCCAAACAGCUUUCCUUUCCAGUGUAGACCUACAUACGCACUGCUCCUAUCAGAUGAUGCUGCCGGAGUCUAUAGCUAUUGUUUGUUCGCCAAAAUACCAUGAGUAAGUCUUCAAUUUAUUUGUAUUGCAGACUAAAUAAAUGUGCUACGUUCAUUCCAUUCUGCACCGCAUUCUAACAGAGGUUUGGUGCUUAGGCCAAGAAGAGAGGGCAGAUGAGGCCUAGGAGGAAUGUAGAAGGAGGGGAUUUAAAAAUAAUAUUAACCAGGUCUUUUUUUUCAGCCAGAGCUCACAGGAACUCAGCCCUGGCCCCUCGGAGGUGGGAGCCAUUGCUAUUCUAAGAGAACAAGGGAGAAGUUCAUGAGGAGCUCUGGCACCUCUUUUUCUAGAAAAAUAGCUCUGAUAAUAACCAUAAGAAAUGUAGAUAACCCAGGCUGCACUUCAACAGAGUUUAAAAGAUUUUGGAAAAUUGGGACAAUUUUGGGGGGGGGGGGAGAAUUAAGGAUGCAAGGAGGAACUAGGUUCCACUAAGGGGAUUAUGUACAUUUAGCAAAUGAAUUUGCAUCCUUGUGCUUCCAAAACAUACGUUCCUCACCCCACCUUGGAGAUUGUGUUAAUAAUAAGCAGUUCUAGGAUUUCUUUCUAAAUAAUUAAAUAAGACUCAUUGACUGCUAGUCAUAGUAAAAUAGCAAUCAAAAGAGGCACCAGGUCUCUGAGCACCAGUUACUGGGAAUCACAGAUGGGGAGAAUGCUGCUCUUGGGCUCCUUCUCCUGCCCAUGAUCACCGAGAUCUGGUGUCCUAAUGCAUCCCGCCCCGGUAGGACCUGCCCAGCCAUUCCAUUGGCUACGGCCCACUCCCAGGCCAGCCUUCAACCCUUAAAAACAAGUUUUCUUAUACAAACUACAAAAUGAAACAAUAAACCAAUAGAAAAUAAUAAAAGAGAAACAAUUUACAAUUACAGUGGUACCUUGGGUUACAUACGCUUCAGGUUACAGACUCCGCUAACCCAGAAAUAGUACCUCGGGUUAAGAACUUUGCUUCAGGAUGAGAACAGAAAUCGUGCUCUGGCGGUGUGGCGGCAGCAGGAGGCCCCAUUAGCUAAAGUGGUACUUCAGGUUAAGAACAGUUUCAGGUUAAGAACAGACCUCCGGAACAAAUUAAGUAUGUAACCAGAAGUACCACUGUACACACAAAUUAAAAUAACCCCAACCCCAUUUAAACAUUAAAAACCACCCCACUCCAUCCCAAAAAACAACCAGAAUUUUAAGCUCCAUGGAUUAAAAUUAUCUUAAAAGCAUUUUAAAACACACUAACAUGGAGCAGGAAAAACAAUAGCAGACCCCCCCCCCAGCACUGUUCUGAGAGUUCAUUGCAGUGAAUCUGCCCCCGCCCUCUAGGCCAGCUGGCAAAGGCCUUGCAGAAGGAGCAGGCCCUGCAGUCCUCACCACAGCAGAUCAGUAUGCUUAUAUGUUCAGUACGAGGGUUUGGCUGUUCUUGGAUAUUCUUUGAUUGUCCACAUAAUUCAAAAGACAUGAUAGUGGAUUGUUAAUCCAUCUUGUCUUAAAUUCCUUCAUUUAUGACAAUACCAUCCUUCAGUAUCUUCUCACCUUCCAACAUUCUUCACCAGGCAGAGAUGAAAUCUCCUUUACUGUCUUUGCCAAACCAGCACCUCCCAUUGCCUAACCCUCCUGCCCAUUUACUCCUCUGUGACAAUCAAUGCCGUUAUACAGCCAUUUCACCACAAUUUUCUCUAAAAUUCUUAGCUAUCAGAUAAGAAUUUCCAAACUUCUUCUGGGAUUUCCAUCUGCAGAUCUCUCUCCCGUUUUCCUGUAUCUAUGUGAUUUGCCUCCCAGUUUUUAAGAAUUAGUAGGGCUCUUCUUUUCAUGACUUUCUGAUGACUUUUGUUGUUGUUGUUGUUGUUGUUGUUACAUGCACGUUUUAGUCACUUCUUCUUUUACAAAAAGUAACUCAAUAGUACAAAAAUUAAAAUCAGAAUGGAGAUAACCCUAAAAAUGCAUUCAUACAUAUAAAAGGCAAGUCUAGUACAUCCAAUCCACUGGAAGAGACCACAGGUACCUAAAAUAUUUUAUGUAUGCUGCUUAUUUUAGUGUAGUUCAGUUCAGUUUAGUUUAUUAAAUUUAUACAUCACUUGAUUGUUUAAAAAAAAACAAAAAACUUCAAAGCAGUUUACAAAAAAUAUGUAGGAAACCCAGAAGUGCUAAUGAUUGAGAUUUAAAUAAAUAUGUUACACAAAACCUGCUAUCAGUUUUGAGGCAUACAAGUGAUUUUAUUUACAAUCUUUCUAGGACUGGAUUCUUUAAAUUGACAGACCAUGGCAUGGAAGAGAUCUCUUCCUGUAGGCAAAAAGGGUUCCAUCCACACAGCAAAGAUCCCCCACUCUUUACAGUAAGUAUAUCCAAAGUGCAUUGGCCUGGUUCUUGCUGAUUCCCCCAAAUCCUGCCUGUACUGCAAUGGCAUGCUAACAGGAAAGCCUUUAUCCAGUUUCUGUUCUGAUGCCUGCUAGGGUCAGAGAAUGCCUCCUCUUUCUCUCCCCACUAUUUGAGAUUCUUUCUCUGUGUAGUGCUGGAAACUGCCAGUGAAGCAGGAUGGUGUGGAUUUUUCUCCAGCAUAAAAAUAUCAGAAUCUAUAGUGGGAUCCUAAUGCCUGUUUAGGAGUGAGUCCUAUUGAAUUUAAGGGGGCUUACUCAAAUGUUAGGGUUGCAGCCAGGAAAAAGAAAUUCCAGUGGGUGCUGGAGCUUUUGACUGCAGAAGAUAUUCUCAGCACAAACUCUUGCAACAAAUUAGAGCUUCUGAAAUGCUUUGCCGUCCCAGGGCUAGCCCUUGGUCCCUAUUCAGGGAAUCUGGGAUGGAGCCCUGAGGCAGAGGCAGUUGGGAGUUGGGUGUGUGAUGGCAACCCAGAUCAGCUGGGUGGGGAGCACAUUGUUCCUAAACCUCUCACUGAAGGGGAAAUCUGCUGGUGACGUUGAGGUACUUGGAAUACUCUUAAGACUGCCAUGCACCAUGUACAAUUACAGUGGUACCUCUAGAUGCGAACGGGCUCCGUUCCGGAGCCCUGUUCGCAUCUAGAAGCAAGCGUAACUAGCAACGGCACGUCUGCGCACGCACGCACGCAUCGCUUUUCGCCGCUUCUGUGCAUGCGCAUGAUGUCAUUUUGAGUGUCUGCGCAUGCAUAAGUGGCGAAACCCGGAAGUAACACGCUCCGUUACUUCUGGGUUGCCACUGAGCGCAACUCGAACACGCUCAUCCCGAAGCACAUUCAACCGAGGGUAUGACUGUAGUAUCACUUUCAGCCUGUACAUUGUGUUGAAUUUAGCUACCCCACCUGCUCUUGACUGCUGUGGCCUUCAUUUCCUUUUCCUUUUUCCUUUCAGACCUGCAGUCACGUGACUAUCCUGGAGCAGGAAGUGAUGGUACUGGACCUUCGAUAAAGCAAAUGCCUUCAUGCCUUUCUCAGCCAUUAACUGUCCUCUACAUUAAUUUAUGAUGACUAAUAAUACCCCCUCUAUGCAGCAGUUCUCAAGGCUCUCCCUGUAACGCCACAAGAGUUUCACAUUCUUUCUGAUCUCAGUUGUUAAAUUAGGGAGGAGAGAGGAACUCUUAGAAGAUAUCACUAAACUUAAUUCAAGUAGUAUUUGGCUGCUCACUGAUCCUCUUCAGGCUUUACUCUGCUGAACCUUAAUCCAAAAAUCAAGCAAAUUAAUAACCUAUAAAAAUCUGUUUGUGAUAUGCUGAGCGCAUAAAUUCAUCUGUUUCCUCUCUUUCAAGCUGCAAACAUAGAAUUUCCUCCAAAGCUCAUAAACCUUUGGUGGAUUCCCCAAGUGCUGUGCCAAUAGCUCUACUUCUUGUGAGCGACAACAAAAUGAUGUUUACGUUGGAAGGAAAUGAGCAUAUGCAGGAAGAUUGUGUUUUUUGUUGUCAGGAAUUCUUCAAAAGAUAAAUAAAUCACAAGUUCUUCCAGGCUUCCGUUUCAGGGAGAGGGAGGAGAUAGGAGUUACAGGAAAAGAGAAGCCAAAGGAAGGGAUUCCAUAAAUAGCUUCUUGGUUCCAUUCUUGGCACGGUUUGCCAAAGGAUGGAUCUGCACUUGAUUUGUGCUAUGAACUUUCAGUUCCAGCAAGUGCCGAUAUGCACUGAAUCAUCUAACUCAAGUUGGACAACCCCUUAAGUAAUGCUUUAAGGCCUAGACCAGCAACUUAAAGGCCUAGACUGAGGGUUAGUUCGAUAUAGAGAUUUAAAAAUAGGUUUACUGUUGGAAAAACGACUCUGGUACCUCUACAUCUUGUACCCUGGCCUCGUAUCACAUUGCAGUGAAGGGCAGGUUUAAAAUAUUUUAAAUAAUAAAUAAAUACACCUAUAAAAAGAACGUAAGUGUGAUGACACUUCUCUCUUUCUCAAGCAGGUGUAGCCAAUGUAUGUUCCAGAUGUUCCACGACUCUAAACUCUCAUCCACCCAGUCAGCAUUUGCCAGUGGCCAGGGAUGAUGCGAGCUGUAGUCCAGCAACACCCGAAAGGCCACAGGUUCCCCAUCCCUACCCUACAGAUUGUGUCUUGCCACCCCGCCUUGUCACUUGAUUGCAGGUGCUUCUUCCAGUCUGUAAAUUGUAAACAGAUCAGUGGGUGAGAAGCAUUAUCUACAACUCUGUGGCAUGGAAUGCUUACUGGGAGCGGAGGGGAAACUGACAGCUAGCUGGGAGGGGGAAUAGAAUGGAGAAGAUGGAAAGGGAGGAAGAGACACAAAGAUAAGAAGCAAGCAGAGAAGACCCAUCUCCUUGUCUGCAUAGGCCAUGCCCUGGUUCACAUUGAAAAGCCAUCUACUGUACAGUACUCCCAGGUACAGAAGUGAGUGGUACCCUGAAGAAGAAAAAAAAUCAAUAUUUUUAUGUAGUUGGCUCCAGCACCAGUGUGCCUAACCUCACCCCCAAUACCCUAAAAGAUAACAGCA